UGUAGUUGUUUUACACAAGAAUAAAAAAUUGCAAAAGUGCCUGAUCAGCAACAAAGUAAAGAUAUUUAAAAAGAUUAGACGAAUUAGAAUAUGUUAUGAAUAUGAAUUGAAUAUGAAAAUUAUUUGCACCUCUAUAAUUUCACUGCAUGAUAAUCAUCACAGCCUUCUUCCUAAACCAUGGAUGAAAAAUCAUGUUUGUACUAGUGCAUUGCUAAUAAUCUUCAAGGGCCACGAAUUUAGGCUAGGCCCAAUACUUCUGUACCUCCAGAAUAUGAACCAGGUAACAAGGCACAGGGAUCGAGCUUCCUAAUUUUGUUAAGGAGGGACGUUUCUUAGAAGAGGCCAGAAUAUUUUUAGCAGGUGCAACUUCAGAAGGUGGCUCAUUUCCAUGAAAUUCUUAAAAUAUAUUCAGUUUUGAAGACAUAAUAUAAACAAAAAGCCAACAGUCAACCAAUUUUGCUUAAAAUUUAGAAUGCAAAAACAUAUGUGCCAUAAUUACAUCAAAGAAAGGAUGUGAAAUUCUACAGAAGGCUAUUAUGAUUCCUCUCAGUGUUAUUUCACAGUUUGUAUUCACAACACCCAACUGGUAGAAAUUUCUGUUCAAUAUUAUUUGAAUCAUGAAAACAAGAUAAGAUAUUCAGUGAACAACAACAGACUAUAUGGUAGCCUUAUGUGUAGAUUUAUUUAGAAAGUAGAAAAUGUAAGUGACAAAGCUGUUAAAAUCUCUGUAAGAUUGGGAUGAAAUUUUGUCCAAAAUUUAAUUCAAAUGCCAGAUGUGAGUUUCAAUUUGAAAUGAUCUCAAAUGAUGCAAAAUCACAUAAAAUAGUGAGAAAUAAGGCACAAGCUUACAGGUUUAAAACAAAACACUGUCAUUUAUAUCUGAUGUGGUGUGGGUUUAAAACUAUAGAUUGGGGUAUGAGUUAAUUUUGCAAUAAGUUGUUUUGGAAUCUAACAAGUAAGUGUCUUACUAUCAAAAGAACAUAGCUUAACUAAGAAUUUCUAAAGGAUUCUUGAAAGAUUGAUUGUUGUGUUGUGCCCUGUAUAAAAUUAUGCAUAACAUUAGUAUUUUCACUUUCAAGCACCCAGUAACCUUGAAGGGGAUACCCGCAAUUCUAUUUUGUACAAUUUUGUCCUUAGAAUAGUACAGUGUAUGGAAUGUUAAAACGUGUUUUGAAAAUACUUUGCAUGAAUCAGGUCUUGCUCGUAGCAAAAUGAAGAUGCCUGUCUCUAAAUUUAAAAUUAUCUAGAGACAGUAGAAGACGGACUGUUUAUCAAACUAUUUACCUUAUUUAGUAUUGUGUUUCACUUGUUAUUUUAGAAACCAUGUUCUUUACUAAAUAAAAAGAAAAGUAUAGAAAUACAUUUGGUUACUGUUGUUUUGGGUACUCAGAGGACAUUGCCUGCAAUUUGUUUAGAGAUGAUCUUUUGGGGGUAGUGCAAAAUGUUGCAAAAACAGUAGCAGAAGUAGAGAACAGCUUGUUUUGGCAUUAAUAAUGGGGGUUGAGCUCCCAUAGCACCACACCCCCUUUUCCCUAUGAUUUUAAUUUGUAUACAGUAUCUAUCCCCUGAGAUCAUCUGGGGAUAAAGAGCUAUGGAGAUCAAAGACAGUCAAUGUCAGUCAAGGAGAAGAUACUGAGGGAGAGAUCAUGUGAACCGGUCUCCAUGACUAUUUUAAAAGUAAUGUGUCCAGCUAAAGCAAGCAACUCUGCGGGGGUUUUCAGAAACAUGUAAUUUUACAUGUCAUCACCCCAGCAAUUACAAUCGUUCUGUUUAUCUAGUAUCUGCUGCAAGGUUAGCUUUUCAUGUGAGCAGUUUUGCAGCGCAAGAAUACUGGCCAAUCACAAGCCGUUAUUUUUACUUUACUUGACAAGUUUGGUAUAUGCAGUCCUUUUAUAUGGACACAUUACCUAUAAGAUGGGCUCUAGGGACUCACACUAGGUUGAGUACCUUUUGGUAGUAAAAUGAAGUACUUGUUCAGAUAUCUUUGCACUUCCUUUAAAAGAAUAAAUUUGCUUUUUUACAGCCAAAUCUUAAACUUCUUUAGAUUUAUGCUAGAUCCACAAUUUCUACUUUGUUAUUGUUACAUCAAAUUAUUGUCUAGAAGCACUGUCUUUUGCUUCAUGCUAUCCAAUCCCAGAAACUUGGUUUAGAGAAAUAGCAAUCAUUGGGAAGCCUAGACAGCAUUGAGUAACUACUUAGAAAGAUAUGUUAUUGAAAACUUGGAUGUCUAGGAGAAAAGUAGUACAUUUUGCCUCGUCACUGUUUCCUGUCAUGGCAUUUUAUUUUCUGCAAAAUCACCAAUCAUCUUUCAUAUUUUCAUUAUACAGUUAUCUUCAGCUUCUACGCAGCUUUCUGCACUGUCUAUGGUCCCUACCAUUCUAUUUUCAAGUCCUUUUUGUUGUAUUGUUUGUAUAACUAAAGGCAUUUCUAUUUAAUUUUUAAGCUCUCAGGGGAUUUUCUGUGCUGUCAUAUCACCUUUCCUUCUUCUAAUGCUAGUUAUUUCAUUUUUUUCAUUUAAUGUUUCCACUGUUCAAUUGGGUCUUCUGUUGAAAUCCAAAGGCAGCAGAGUUUCAUUUAUGAUACCUAGACCAUGCCCUGUUUUUGUUUGUUUUUGAGGAAAGUUUUGUUUGCAUCAGUUUAUUCACCAAAAUAAAGUCACUUUCCUGGACUAUGUUUAAAAGUAAGCAAAUUUCUCUGAAACCUUUAUCUAGAAUCAAAUCAACUUUUUGCAAACUGUUCAUUUUUUUUAACCAUUCGAAAUUGCACAGGAAAUGAAUCAUUUGUGCCGAAUCAAAGCAUGGAAUUCAAAGUUUCUUUAAUGACCUUGCGAAUAAUUCUGUAAGAAAAAUGGUGUCUUUAGCUGCGCCCUUUCCACCUUUCAAGCUAUUACCCUUAUCAUGAAUUUCAAAUUUCUUCAAUUGAUAUCCAUCAAAGGUUUUGUCCUAAAUCAUGACUAAAAAAUAAUGUUUGUUAGGCACCAACCUUAUCUAGAUUCAGAUUUAUAUGAUGGAUACUCUUCUAACAUAUUGGACUUUAUAUUAUAAUGAGACUAGUCAAGGUUUGAAAGCUCUUUGAGGGAACUGAGUGUGAUCAGUAAGUAACCUACGAUGCCUUUGGGGUAGUGUAAUGCACUCAUAAUUCAAGAUUGUGUAUGAGAUUUAAUGUUUGAUUGAAAUCUCAGGCUUUAAUGCAUAAAGCUUGCAGUUGCGGUAGUUCUAUGAUUGGAUUGUUUGAUUAAUGGUUUGAAUGAUAUCAUCGCCAUAAUAAAGUUAUUUGUUAAAACGGUUUAAACUAUGAUGGUUAAGCGAAUUAUAUUGGCCCAUUGGACCUCCAUUUGAAAUUUGGCUUUCAUAUUGCUGCAGAAAAUACUUUUGGACUUUCCAUAUGUUUGUUCAAAACUUUCGGCUUAUAAUGUUUAGUUUUCGUAUCUAGCAGCCGUAAUUCAUUGAUGAGCUUUUCCUGUAACUAAGAUAUUACAGUAUUGCUAAAUCCAUGGGAACAGGAAAACAAAUUCACGGGUUGCCGUAUUGAUCAUUGAAAAUAUGAGCGGUCAUUGAGUAUAUUUCUAAAUUACUCAUUGAUCAGGUCGUUUGAAGUAUCUAGCACCAGCCAACAUUUUUUUGCAAUUUUAUAUGCAUGCAAAACUGAGUUUAAUGAUAAGAAAUUACCUGCGCGUUAGAAUGCGACAAAAUUUUGUUGUUUUGUGCGAUGCAUGCGCGUUUUAUAAUUUUUUCACGGGCUUUUAAUUUUUUCCGUAUUUUCUUUUGCCCAUAUGUCUGUAUCCCCUCAUCAAUGCAAAUAUUUGCAAAUUAACACCGGCAAAGUAAACACGAAAUAUUUUCGCUUUGAUUUUCAGUUUCUAUGAUAUCUUAUAUAAAAAUAUCGUUAUUUUGCUGCUAACCUUUCUUAUUUAGUAGUCAAUCCAAUAUUUGUGUCCAUCCGAAAAGCAGUCACAUACAAAGAUUUCUCUAAAAGUUAACUAAAUACUGCUAUGUCUUAUUUUUAUAAAUCAUAGCUUAAAAUCAUAUUGCUAUGCAACGACCAAAUGUUUCAAUCACCUAUAUCAAAAGAUUAUCGCUAUAUCAAUCCAAAUUGACAGCUUUCCUGCAAUUCUACCAUGCAACUUUUCAGUUGCUUUCUAACUUUACUAUAUUGCAGCCUGCAUGUUUUGCUAUGGGGCUUCUAAAGCCGUUGCCAUUAAGAUAAACUGUUUGCUAAAUUCAAUUCUACACUAAUUAUGCUAAUCAAAACAUGUAUCCACAAAACAUUUUGGAUUUUUUUCAUCUCCUUUUUCGAUAUCUUCUCUACCCAAUGAUGUUUUAAUCACAGAAAUAUUAAAGAAAGCCAUACAUAUUUCGUUUACUGGAUUAUUGGACUAAAAAGAAUUGGUUUUGGAAGUUCUCUGUUCGCUAAUUCGGGGACAAUUUCGGCAUGAUUUGCAAACGACAUUUCACCAAUGAAUAAUUAAUGAGAAGCAAACUCUGGACAGAAUAAAGCUCUUGCGGUUUGCUUGAUUUUAUUGUCUUUCUGUAUGUGGCUAGUUCAUGAAGACAACUCCAUGUUUUAAGCACAGUGAGUGUUAAGUACCGAGCGGAAAGUUUCAUGUCGUUAUUUGGACGCCAGUGUGAGCUGUUUGUUUUGCCGUAAAAUCACGAAACGAAGAAGAUUUUUUGCUGCAGAGUUCGCCUCUUGAACUCUUGCGAAGUUUCAAGGGUUGUUACGACAAAUGUCGUUGUGAAUCUACAGAGGUUCCGUAGUAACCCUACCUUAUCAACUGUAAACAAAUGUUAUUCAAAUGAAUAGUUGCUCUGUAUUCAUGGUUCGGCAGUUUUUGGCCUAGAGCUGUAUUUUAUCAGGGAAGAUGCCUUCUGUGAAGGACUUUUUCUUAUGUAAAAGAGAGAUAGAUAGAGGCGAGCACCGAACAGUUUAUGCCAAUGGCAGACAUCCAACUUCAGAACCAGGUGUUCAUGUUCAUGAUUUGCACCAACAUUUCGCAGAUAACGUUGUUAUCACGUCCAAGUAUAAAGUAUGGAAUUUCAUUCCAAAAAACCUGUUUGAGCAGUUUCGAAGAGUAGCAAAUUUUUAUUUCCUGUGUAUAGUUAUUGUUCAGUUUGCCAUACUCGACCGGACCCCAGUGAGUCCAACAACAAGUCUAUUACCACUAGUUUUUGUAAUAACGGUAACAGCUAUAAAACAGGGUUAUGAAGAUUGGAAAAGACACCAAGCAGACAAGGAAGUGAAUAAUCGAGACACCGAAGUCAUAAGACAUGGUACAAUCGAGAAAGUCUUCUCGAAAGACAUCAAGGUUGGUGAUGUAGUAAAAGUCUUUUGUGACGAAGAAUUUCCGUGCGACCUUGUCGUCUUGUCUUCGCCCCACGAAGAAGGACAGUGUCACAUCACAACUGCCAAUCUAGAUGGUGAAACUAAUUUAAAGGUUCGGAAAGCACUGGCUGAGACUGCUUCUUUGAAGGAGGCUGAUCAGCUUGCAGGUUUAACAGCAGUCGUAGAAUGUGACCACCCUGAAUAUGAUAUGUACAAAUUCAAUGGAAGGAUGAAGUUUUAUAAUCAUGGCAGCGAAGAGAAAAUUUGUGCAUUGGGACCAUCAAAUAUACUACUUAGGGGCGCAAGGCUAAAAAAUGUACCGUAUGUUUUUGGUUUGGCUGUGUAUACAGGGAAAGAAACAAAGAUGGCAUUAAACCAACAAGAAAAGGCCACAAAAUUUUCUUCUGUUGAAAGGACAAUGAACACAUAUUUGUUGGUAUUCCUUGGAAUUUUGUUGGUCGAGGCAACCAUUUGCACAGCGCUAAAAUAUGGUUGGCAAGAAAAACCAGAGGGGGCCAAAGCCUGGUAUAUUUGGGGUAAUUCGAUGAAGAUUCCAAAAGAUAACGAGAAGAAUGCGUUGAACAUUUUUGUCGACUUCCUUGCUUUCCUUAUACUAUUCAACUACGUCAUACCAAUUUCUCUGUACGUCACAGUUGAGCUGCAGAAGUUUUGUGGUUCUCUGUUUUUCAGCUGGGACAUGGAAAUGUAUCAUGAGCCUACUGAUGAGCCAGCCAAGGCCAACACCUCGGACUUAAACGAAGAGCUUGGACAGGUACAAUACUUGUUCAGUGACAAAACUGGUACUUUGACCGAAAAUGACAUGCAGUUCAGGCAAUGCUCUGUGAAUGGGAUACAGUAUUUGGAGGAAAGCGAAGGAUUUCUGGAUAUGCAAGAUAAUACCAUUCAAGAAAAGACGAGUCUUCCUGAUGACGUCAAAAAUUUUUUGAUAACAUUGGCCUUGUGUCAUACGGUCGAGGCUGAAAAACUGCCAGAGGAGAAGCAGACAGAUGAAGAAAAGUAUGCGUACCAGGCCUCAUCGCCAGACGAAAAAGCCCUUGUUGAAGUUGCUGCAAGAUUUGGCAUCGUGUUCAAAGGUAGGACUGGCGAAAACAUGGAGUUGGAAAUGGAUGGAGAAGUUAAAUCAUAUAAGUUCCUUCACGUUUUAGAGUUUGAUUCUGCGAGAAAAAGAAUGAGCAACAUUCUUGAAACACCUGAAGGUGACGUGUUGAUGUUGUGCAAGGGAGCUGAGUCACAUGUUUUGGACAGAGUCAUAUCUGGUCACGUGGAUAAAACACGUGAUCACAUCGAUCAGUAUGCCGAGCUUGGUCUACGGACACUGACAAUUGCUCGUCGAAGGUUCACUGCGGAAGAAUUCAAAGAGUAUGAUUCAAAGCUUAUCGCAGCUCAACAGGCCAUAACAGAUAGAGAAGAACAGCUUGCAAGAGUAUUCGAUCAAGUCGAACGAGAUCUUGAAUUGCUUGGUGCAACUGCUGUCGAGGACAGGUUGCAAGACGGUGUUAAAGACACUAUUGAGUCCCUGAGGCAUGCUGGGAUAAAGGUUUGGGUAUUGACCGGAGACAAGCAAGAAACCGCUGUAAACAUUAGUCAUUCAUGCGGCCAUUUUCAGCAUGGCAUGCAAAUUAUGUAUUUGGUUCAAAAGAAAACUGCCGUUGAGGUUAAAUCGACUCUAGAGGACAUAGAGAGGAGGCUGGAAGACAACAAAUCUGCUGAAACUGAAUUUGCUGUUGUUGUUGAUGGAUCCAGUCUUUUACUGGUGAUGGAGUUUUGCUCUGACCAAUUUGUACGAGUUGGCCAGAGGUGUGUUGCUGUGCUCUGUUGUCGAAUGUCUCCAUUGCAGAAAGCUCAGGUCGUUAGGCUUGUCAAGCAUUCUUCAAUAAAGCCAAUAACAAUGGCGAUAGGAGACGGUGCCAACGACUGCAGUAUGAUACAAGAGGCCCAUGUUGGCUGCGGAAUUAUGGGUAAAGAAGGCAGACAGGCAGUGCGAACGAGCGACUAUGCAUUCCAUCGAUUCAAAUAUCUGAAAAGAGUCGUUCUUGUACAUGGUUACAACUAUUAUUCUCGGCUCACAGUUGUCGUUCUGUACUUCUUUUACAAGAAUGUGGCUUUCAUCACACCUCAGUUUUAUUUCCAAUUUUUCUGUGGAUUUUCGGCUAUGCCAAUUUAUGCUGGAGUGUUUCUCACAUGUUUUAAUAUCUUCUUCACCUCGUUGCCAAUCUUGUUAUAUGGCGUGUUUGAACAAACUUUGAGACCACAGACGUUACUCGAUAAUCCUUGUCUCUAUAGAGAGUUGGCGAAGAACAGCAAAAUGUCUUGGAAACAGUUCUUCUAUUGGAGCUUAUCGGGCAUAUGGCAUUCUCUUGUUGUCUUUUUUGCUUCAAAAUGGAUGUUUGAUGAGGGAUCGUUUCAUAAUGGUCUUUUGGGAUAUGGCGUGUAUUCAUUUGGCGUGUUUGUCUUCACAAUAGUUGUUUUCAUCACAAACCUCAAGCUAUCCCUGAUGACGCAUUAUUGGACGUGGAUGACACAUUUCGUCACAUGGGGAUCGGAUUUAUUCUAUUUCCUUUUCCUGCUUGUCUUGUGUGAAUUUGAGUGGCCAUGGAAGGGUCUCCGGUCUGCUUUUGACAUGCAGCUCGAUAUGGAUUUGUACCAAAUCAUUUACAUGCUGAUGAAAUCUGCACCAUUCUGGUUUGGCAUGAUCAUUUUUGUCAUCUUGGCCGUCUUACCAGAUAUUCUUGGAUCGAUCACGAGUCGCCAUCUUAUUCCCACGGACAUACAAAAAGCUCAGGACGAAGAAAAAGACAGUCACCACCACUCUGGGCGCAACCAAGUCUCAAAUUUGGGGAGCAAAUUGAAUUUGACGAAAAUAGACAAUAGCUCACAGAAUAAUGCUUAUAGCAACAACUUUGAAGAUGACAAUAUUAAACUUAUAAAAUAUGAGAGCAAAUCUACUAAAAACCUAGAAUCUAAUGCUUGAAAUAGUUGUAAAUAAUGCACGUUGACGUUUUGUUAGAACCUCGACGAAUAAGAGGACAGAGGCUUUACACGUAUGAGACUCACAGGGAAAUUAUGUCAUUGUAAGGGGCGGGAGACUCACAGGGAAAUUAUGUCAUUGUAUGGGGCGGGGUUGAGCGGGGUUGGGCGGGGAGGGGGCUAUAUCAAGUACAAGAACGCUGGUUUGCGGACUAGUAGCUAUUUUGCUAGCAAGAGUUUUUCAAUUUAGGUAAAGGAAGUCAUUUAAGACAUUAAAGGGAUGCCAUCUACAUAACCGUUAUGAUAUACAUAUAUAUAAUGUUAUUAUAGGUUAAGUCAUAUAAUGUCGCUCUAGCCUGAACGUAUCGCUUACGAUUGUUCUCUUUUUGUUUGUGUGCUGCGUGCUUGCCAGUUUGGCGUCUCUUCCAACUUGUUAGCUUUUGUACGCUGCUCAAGAUCUUGUCUGCUAAUUGUGACGUUGAAGAUAAACCUCUUCUUAAUUUGGUAAUUCACAUGUGUCUGAAUUCGUCUGGUAGCGUUGGCACCAAUAGUAACACUUCAUCAUUUUGAACAAUAAGCGAUUGUGCACUGUCUUUCAUGUAUCCCCCAAUUCAGAAGAUAACGAAGUAUAGAUAUUUAGGGAGGAGGGAUUCCUCUGCAACCUUCCUGAAACGAGGGAAUUUGGAAUUUGUAGUUACUAGUCUAAGAGUUAUGAAUCGCUUUCAAUUUAACGUGUAACGGUUCACAGUAUGUCGUGUAUAUUUAUUUAAUGAUGUAUAUUCUUGCUUUUUGAGA